AUGUGCGAUGGCGAUACUCAUCAUGUACGUAAUUCCGAGCGGGUUAUAUACCUUUUUACAGCUAAAGAAGAUUCGGCCUCUGAGACACAAAGUAGCUGUCGUGGGAGCCUUGAUGUAAAUAGCAUAGCAAACAAGGCCAUGUUUGCGGCGAGACAGGUCUGUAGUUUCGAUGUUCUGGGUCCAACCGAAGGUUUACAUCGCUUUUACAAGGCAGUUUGUCUUGACAAUAAGGGCCAAACAUUGUAG